ACUAAACAUGCGGCGGAGCUUUGCGCUCUCCUAGUCAAUGAUCUCUACGGCGAACUUCCUUCGCGAAUUCUUGCCGCGCUCUUCGCCAAAGGCCGAUCAAACAUUACACAGCUCGGGCUAUAUACGCAGCUGGGCCCUCGACAAAUUCGCAAUGGUCUAGGCGUCCUCAACCAGCAGAAUCUGCUAUAUCACCACACAGAUACCACUACCAAACGCACCACCUACGAAGCCAAUCCCGGAGCAUGCUACAACCUCGUUCGAUCUGGCAAGAUCUUGGAGAUGAUCGACAGCCAAUACGGCACUGCAGAGCGCGACCUAGUCCAGACCCUGCUGCUGCUGGGCUAUGCGAGAAUCGCCGAGCUGACUCACGCAUACCAGUCCCGCGCACCGGCGUCCAACGGCCAUGCGAAUGGCCAUGGUGCGAAUGGACCCAGCUCCGGCUUGAUUGGGUCCGAAGCUGAGCUUCACAAUGUCCUGAGUCACUUGAUUCGCUGCGAAAUUAUCGAGACGGUCAGGCCACAGUCCUUUCGCAACCCCAACGAUGUUUACCACGAGAUUGAGGCGGACGUCACCAAGACAGCUCCGGGCGAGAAGGCAACAAAAACCAAGAUCGACCAGCAAAGGCAGAUAAUGGAGCAAUAUCGAUCAUUCAGAGACCAGCCGACAGCUUUGAAGAGGCAGCUUGACCAAUUUGGGGGCCCGGUCACAAAGAGAAGAAAGCUCGAGGUCAACUACGAAAAAUGUCUGGUUGAAUUACGCAGCCACCGCCUGGCUAGUUUCGCCAAGGAUAUUCUGGGAGAGGUUACUGGCGAAGUGUAUCGCACACUGCUUGGACUUCUCACUUCCGAAGUAUCUAGAUGCCGGGCGGAUCCUUUCCUCGGAGAAGAGGCGAUUACUCACCAAGCUGCUGCAACUACAAUGGACGUGUAUGAGCACCUAGAUGAGGCAGUCAACGUUGCGGCGGGAAUUGGAAAAGCCCCGAAAGACAAGAUUGACUACCAAAGCGCAGAAAAGAUUCUGACAGCGCCCGCGGGAAGCGAUACGUUCGCUGGCGACUCGGAUGAUGACGCAGCAGGCGGCGCUUUUGACAGCGACGAUGAUUCCGAUGACAUGAGCCGCAAUGGAGCUUUUUCGCGAAAAUCUCGAUCAGUAUCCAAGACGAAUGGUGGUAAACCAAAGGUGACGUUUGAAGACGCAGCAACAUCUACGGACAACCGCCUAGACCAGAUGCGCCAGCAUCUCUUGCUAUUGUCGGAAAGCAAACAUCGCUUCGUGCGCCACUGUGGAACACAGGGUCGGGGGCAAUGGACGGUUGAUUUCGAUCAGGUUAUGGGGCGUCUUCGAGACACUGAGCUGGAUGCCUCCAUCGAACAAUCCUUUGGGCGGCAUGGACUCCGUCUUACUCGUAUCCUCCGUGAAAAGGGUAAACUGGACGAAAAGAUGUUGCCAUCUGCAUCUCUGAUGAAGAAAACGGACGUGCAAGCGAAGAUGCUUGCCAUGCAGAUGGCUGGUUUGGUCGACGUACAGGAAGUUCCCAAGGACAACACACGAGUAGCCAACCGGACCCUGUUCUUCUGGUUCUUUGACAGAGAUCGAAGCCAGGCACAGAUACUGGACGACCUAUAUAAAGCCAUGGUCCGCUGCUUGCAGACGCUGCAGGUAGAGAGACACAGGGAGCGCAACAUUUUAUCUUUCGUUGAGAGAAAGGACGUUAUGGGAAAGGAAGAAGAGGUGAUGACGGCAGAGCAUUAUAACAAGUAUAACAAGCAUUUGGAAGAGCAGAACAAGCUUCUUGGACAGAUGAUGAGGUUGGAUGAGGUUGUGUCGAUAUUCCGAGACUAUUAG